GCAGAGCAAGGGAGGGCUGGGGCCCUAGGUGGGGGGUGGAGGGGGCAGGAGCCCCGAGUGCCGCCCCAGCGAUGGCCGCCUCGGACCCCGUGCGCCUGCUGCAGGAGGAGGUGACGUGCGCCGUGUGCCUGGACUACCUGCACGAGCCGGUCACCAUCGACUGCGGCCACAACUUCUGCCGCGCCUGCAUCACCCGCUGCUGGGAUGAGAUGGGCCGGCGCUUCCCCUGCCCCCAGUGCCGCGCCCGCUCCCCCAAGCGCAAGCUGCGGCCCAACUGCCAGCUGGGCCCGUGGCCCGGCGCCCGCCCCGCCCCGGGGCGGGGGGCCCAGGCGGGGCGGAGGGGCCCCGGGGGAAGGCCCGGGGGCCGGCGGCGGGGGCCCGAGGAGGAGGAGGCCAAGGGCGCCCCCCAGGCCGGGAGGGGCCCCCGACGAGAGGACGAGGCGGGCCGGGGCCCGGGGAGCCCCCCGGCAGCGAGCCCAGGGGACAGCGCGCAGUGGGCCGAGCCGAGGCCAGGGGUGAGCCUGCCCCAGAGCCCCUGCCCCCAGCACCCGGGAGAGGAGCUCUGGCUCUUCUGUCGCCGCGACGGCGCCACCCUGUGCCCUGCCUGCCACCCCGAGAGAGCGCACCAGGGCCACGACCUGGUGGUGCUGGCGGAGGAGGGCCGAGCCACCCGCGCCCGCCUGCGGGGGGCUCUGGGCAGGCUGCGCGCCCAGAGGGAGGCGCUGGAGGAUGCGGGGCUGCGGCAGGAGCGCCAGGUGGCCCACCUGGGCCAGGAGGCCGCCAUCCGGCGCCAGCGCCUCGGGGACGAGUUCGAGGGUCUGCGCCACUUCCUGAGCCAGGCCGAGCAGGACCUGCUGGGCUCCCUGGCGGCCGCCAGCACCAGGCCCAGGCCGCCCGCCGCGCCCGCGGGGCGCGCCUCUCGGCCAACGCCCGGCGCCUGGACCCUGCUGCUGGAGGCCUCGGCCUGGCUCCACCUGCCCAGCGCCCGCCUGCUGGGUGACAGCAGCGUCCAGGAGGGACUUCGCAAGCUGGAGGCCGAGGCCGGCAAGACUCUGGGGGCCCGCGUGCUGCCCGGGGAGGGCCUGGGGGGUGCCGGCCGGGCCCAGGCCGUGCUGAAGGAGGCCGCCCGGGCCUUCCGCGAGCGGCUCUCCGGGGAACUGGAGCGCGACGACCCCCCGGUGCGCUUCGACAUCAACUCCGCCGCCCCGGGCCUGGAAGUAUCGGAAGGCGGGCGCACCGUGCGGCUGGGGCCCCGCGCCAGCGCCCAGCAGGCCGACCUCUGCCCCUGCGUCCUGGGCGACAAGGCCUGGGGCCACGGCUCUCACUACUGGGAGGUGGAUGUCAGCCAGUCGGGGGGCUGGGCCGUGGGCGUGGCCUGCGAGGGCAACCCCCGGCCCCAGCCCAACAAGGGGCUCUGGGCUCUGCAGCUGAGCCGGGGCCAGCUGUGGACCCCCGAAGUCACCCUGGCCAUCCGGCACCAGCCCCAGCGGCUGGCUGUCUACCUGGAGGUGGAGGCCGGCCUCCUGGCCUUCUCCGAGAAAGCGGGCCCUACCUCCGGGGGGGGGCCACCCUACCCUGGGCUUGGGUUUGGAGGGACGCCAAACCCCCAGUCCCAGAUAAAGAGUGCAGACUGCCAUCGGCCCCUUUUUGGACCGGGGACCCAGGCGAAGCCGCCCUUCCCGCUCAUCGGGCACGUGGGGCGGCCCCCCGUCGCGGGCUCUGGGCCCCCGGCUUUCCCCGAGAGGAGGAGAUCAGCCCGGAAGGGCUCGGGGUCCCUCCCGGGCCCAAACCCUGUCCGAGGCAGAGAGGGGGGUUCAACAGAAGGAUGUGGGGAGGAAGAAGUCGGGGGCCAGGAACAAACGCCCCCAGAACCUCCACGUCUGGAAGGGAAGCCUGGCAGGCGGCCGGGAAACAAAGAGGAACGGGGGGGGUGGGCCCAAGGGCGGCGAGCCCUGGCAGGCACAGAGGCAGGACAAGUGCCAGCACGGCCAGCGAAGCAGAGAUAA